UUCAAACUUUACAUAUUGGGCAACAAAAAUAAAAUCUUUGACACGAUGAGAGGAUGCAUAAUUUUUGCCUACCUUAUAUUGUUUUGGAAUAAUGUAUAUGUAUCUAAAGGCUGGGAAAAUCUUAGUUUACUACCACAGUAUAAAGGACAAGCGUCAUUAGAACCAUAUUUCAGCGGUUAUAACGCGCCGCCAGGGGGAGCUGUAGAUGGAUAUCUCCAGGAGGAAUGUGGACAAGGCACAUGUAGCAUUACAUGGGCUAAUUCAAAAAUUAAGGAAGCUUGGUGGAAAUUUCCAUUGAAAUCCAUGGCUAAUGUAGCAUAUCUAGAAAUUUAUUUUCGAAAAUCAACUAUAAAUCGACACGUGGGAUUUUCCGUGUUUGUAUUUAACAACUCAUCGUACACUCCUCCAUUAAAGCCAUCUGAGCAUAAAGUGUUCACUCACAAUAUCGCUACAUGUCCUAAUCCUGUGAUGAAUGUAACUGUCAAUAGAGAGACUGGAGGGAUUGCCUUGUAUAACUCUAAGAACCCUCCUGUCAGUACAGCAUGUUCGGGUUAUGAACCCACAUUCGCAACUAUUGAAAUUUGUGAAGUAAAGGUUAUGGGUUGCCCUUCACAACAUUACGGAGAAAGCUGUGUUCCGUGUAAUCCUAAAUGCCGUGAUAAACAGUGUGAUGCUUUUAAUGGUUCCUGUAUUUAUGGAUGCAGAGAAACAGUUAUAGAUUCGCCAGACUGCUCUGAUUGCAGAGAUGGAUAUUAUGGAACAGACUGUACACAGAGUUGUGGCUUUUGUAAAAUUGAUACAUUCUGUGACAAGUCAACAGGAAUCUGUCCUGAGGGGUGUCAGGGUAAUUGGGACCACUCACACUGUGCAG